GGAAUAACCAAUCAACAGAGAGAAGUGAUAAUGACGGGGCUAACAGUGAGGCAUCAGCAGCAACGACUACGGCUAUUGCACAAUCUACGUCUCUAUGGGACGAUAAUAUUUUCACACGAGAAGGAGCUGUUACGGACUCUAACACGACAGUUGAUGAUGGUGAUGCUCUCAAUGGCAUGGAUUAG